CUCCUCUCACCAUGUUCAGCAGUCUCUUCGCUCUGCCAAGAACAUGAGAUUAAAUCCGGGAUUUGGGAUCGGGUUUUGCGAGAGAAAGAAGUGGGAGUAUUGGAACAAGAAGAAAAGAAGAAGAUAAUAAUGACGAUGAAGUGAUGAGCUCUUAUGUGAUUGAGAUCAAUUCUGAUCAGCAAAGAGAAGAAGCAGUUGGUAUUGAAGAAGCGAUUGCAUGGGCUAAAGAGAAGUUCCAAACACACAGUAAUUCCGAGAAAGAAGGGACCAAUCAGCAGUCUGUUGAAAUGGAUGAAGGUAGGCCUAAUGUGGAUGAGUACUCAUAUCACCAGCAAAGAGAUGAACUACUACUUGAAACGACUCCAUCUCCAGAGGAAGAAGAGGAAAGGACAGGGAUAACUGAAGAGGAAAAGAAACCUUCAGAAAAAGAUAUGGACUUGGAGCUCUUGGAUGAAGACAUAAGGUUAUGGUCGGCUGGCAAGGAAUCCAACAUUCGUAUGCUGCUUUCGACACUACACCAUAUUGUAUGGCCCAAGAGUGGAUGGUAUGCAGUUCCUUUGACAAGCCUAAUAGAAAGUUCACAGGUGAAGAAAGCGUAUCAGAAAGCAAGGCUGUGCCUCCAUCCAGACAAACUGCAACAAAGAGGAGCAACACCUGCUCAAAAAUAUAUUGCUGAAAGGGCCUUCGCCAUCCUCCAGGAUGCAUGGGCCGUGUUUAUCUCCCAAGAUGUAUUCAAUAUUUAGUGGAUGUGUGAAUUAUUCUUGCCUUUUGAACUCAUUUUUUGACUCCAAGGUUGCAAGUGAAGAAUAAGCAUAUGAACAACUUUGUAAGAUAGCUCGACUAGUAUUCUUGUGGAAAUAUGUACAUUAGUUUGCUCGAUUAACUGUGCUUGGUUUUUUUAUCUGUAUAUUUAUUUUCGAGUGUUGAAACAAAAUUUUUAGAAUAUAAUUUUGAAUCCUAAACA